CUGUUUUAGUAACGUGAGAAAAAACGAAAUUUAUUAAAAUAUUGAUAAGGAUUAUCCUGAAGAGCAUCUCGUGUUGCAUUUCCACAAACUAGAGUUUAACUAAUGAUAAAAACUUGACACGUAUUUGUUAAAUGUUUCAAUAAAAGCAAAAGAAUUUAUUUAUUUUUGUUUGAUUAUUUACUUAACCGAGAAUUUGUUUGGUUGCAAAAUGAAAUAGUAAAAAUUAAUGUUGUUUGAUCGCUCCCGUUUCAUUUUGUGUAAAAAAUAUUAAGCAAAAAUCAAUGUUGAUUUACGGAGCGGAAAAUCUGAGGAAAUUUGCGCCACUUAAUUAGGGAAAUCUUCGAAGGAAAUCUCGGAUGAUCCAAUUAGGAAAAAGUGUGAAAUUGAAUCAGAUAUGUUUGUUUGGAAAAAUAAACCGCUACAUCGUCCGGUUUACUCAACUGUAAACUAUAUUUAUGUUACUGUACUCUGUGUCAAAAUCGAUAAGCAUCGCGACAAAAUCUUGAAAAUAAUCUCCGGAAUAAUGCACGAGACAAUCGUCAAACUUUUAUUGCCAUUAUCUUGUUUGGUGUUCUUGAGUGUUAUCGUCGCUUCGAAUGGCGCAAAUUCCGAAUACAAACAUCGAGUAAAAAGAAAAGUUGUUUUCAGUAAAAGUAGCAAAUUUUUCGUCAGAUUGAACGGCAAAGACAAUAUGUUAAAUUACACCGAAAUUUUCGCUCAUGGAUGGACUUUCAGGAUAAAUUACGACCUCCCGGAGACAAUUCCCAAGAGACACCAAUUUUUCAAGAGAGACGUUCACGCCGAAUUAGACGGCAUCGCAGAUGAGUCCCUUCGUGGAGUCUAUUCCUGCAUCCUCAAAUACAUCUGCGAGAGAGUCGCGGAGGUGAAAGCGGCGCAAAAGUGUGGCAUUUUCUGCGGCAUCGGUAACAUUAUACUCAGCUCGUUAACUGCCGAAUCGGAAUUUUUUAAAGCGUUUGUCAACAAAUGCGAGCACCACUCGGAUAAUUGCCCUUACGUGUACAAAGACGCCAAAUUUGUUUACCAAACUUAAAUUGUAAUUGUGAUCAAAAAUUUUUGCUAAUAAAUUCAACCAGAUGUU